AUGCCGGAUCUCGAGUCGCUCGUUCUCAGCAACGCACGGAAAUCAAAAACUCUCUUCUCUACGGCGGGACUUGGUGCUGAAGGAAGGAAGCGACAGAAGCUGAGCACUGAUGCGGAUCUGGAGAAGGAGGCGAUUUCUGUACGGCUCCACGCAGAAUAUGCAGACCUCAAGGAACUCCCCGCUGCGCUUGCUGCAAAGCAGGCUAAUGCCAUGACUGCUAGAAAGAAGAAGACCAAGGCUCCAAUUGGCGAGGGCGCGCCGGCUGCCGAGGAACAAAGGACGCUCAAGUUAAUCGAGGGUAUCGCCGAGAAAACGACGCCAUCGUCUUCAUCAUCGCAAGCCACAGGCGCAUCGACUGCUCUGGUGCAGAGGACUAAGCAGACAUUUACCUCGUCAACGACGCACUCUGGGGAACAGCCCCAGAACCAACUGAGCGUCGCGCGCGCUCAAGCCACACAUCAGAUCAAACCCGACUGGCAUCCGCCAUGGAAGCUGAUGAGAGUUAUAUCAGGGCAUCUGGGUUGGGUGAGGGCCUUGGCUGUCGAGCCUGGAAACCAAUGGUUUGCUAGUGGUGCCGGAGAUCGGACCAUCAAAAUCUGGGACCUUGCCACGGGAAACCUCAGACUCACGCUGACCGGCCACAUCUCGACGGUGCGAGGACUGGCCGUCUCUCCCCGCCACCCUUACCUUUUCUCCUGCGGCGAGGAUAAGAUGGUCAAGUGCUGGGACUUGGAAACGAACAAAGUAAUACGGCACUACCACGGGCAUCUGAGUGGUGUAUAUACCCUUUCCUUGCACCCAACGCUAGAUGUUCUGGUGACUGGUGGUCGCGACGGUGCUGUUCGAGUCUGGGAUAUGCGGACGAGGGCCAACGUGCACGUCCUGUCCGGACACAAACAGACGGUUGCCGAUGUCAAGACUCAACCGGCUGAUCCCCAAAUCAUUAGCGCGUCUCUUGAUGCCACCGUUCGAAUGUGGGACCUGGCAGCUGGAAAGACAAUGGGGGUGCUGACGCAUCACAAGAAGGGCGUCCGCGCCCUGGCACUCCAUCCCAGCGAGUUCACUUUCGCUUCGGCGAGCACUGGAAGCAUCAAGCAGUGGAAGUGUCCCGAGGGUGCCUUUAUGCAAAACCUCGACGGCCACAACGCUGUUAUCAAUUCCCUUGCGGCAAAUGAAGAUGUUCUGUUCUCAGGAGGUGAUAAUGGCUCCAUGUGCUUCUGGGACUGGAAAUCAGGACAUCGGUAUCAGUCCCUGGACUCGAUUGCCCAGCCAGGGUCUUUAGAUGCCGAGGCAGGCAUCAUGAGCUCAACCUUUGACCAGACUGGGCUCAGACUAAUCGUCGGCGAAGCCGACAAGACGAUCAAGAUUUGGAAGCCAGAUCCUGACGCAACUCCCGAAACCCAUCCGCUUGAGUGGAAGCCCACACUGGGACGACAAAAGUAUUAG